GACGACCUCCACGAAUCACCACUCAUUUUCUCUUGAAAUGGCCUCGAAAGCUGUCGCCGCGACGGUGGACUUCGCCCGCAUCUACUCCUCGCUCGGUCUCGGCAAGGAGACCAUCGCGUCCCUCCAGGCGUUCCGCAAGCGGCACGGGGACGCCCAGCGCAUCCACGCCUCGCUCGCCGCGCAGCCGACGACGGUCGACCUCGCGCACUACCGCGCGGUGCUGCGCAACAAGGCCGUCGUUGACGAGGCGGAGAAGCUCCUCAGCGAGUUCAAGCCUGUCACGUACGACGUGAGCGCGCACAUCAAGGCGAUCGAGACGUUCGAGUCCAAGGCGGUCGCGAAGGCGAAGGAGACGACGGAGAAAAUCGACGCGGAGCUCAAGGACCUCCAGGCGACGCUUGCGAACAUCGAGGAGGCUCGUCCCUUCGAGGACCUCACGUCCGAGGAGGUCGGCAAGGCGCACCCCCGUAUCGUCGAGGCUGUCGAGACGAUGAUCAAGAAGGGCAAGUGGACCGUGCCCGGUUACAAGGAGAAGUUCGGCGACCUUUCUCUCAUGUAAACGUCGUCAUUAUUCGCCGCAUCACAAUAGAUCCAGGAGGCGCUUGACGUUGCUUCUUGUGUCCAAGAACUGUGAAACCCCCAUAGGGGCACUCGCUCGUACGAUCACCCGCGCACUAAAUCCGCAUACAUCCUCCCAUAUUAUGUUCAUAUCAGAAAAGUAGAGUCUGCU